AUGAUUUGUUCAAUUUCUGGCGAAACGCCGAAGGAGCCAGUUAUUUCACCAAAGAGUGGAUCGAUCUUUGAGAGAAGACUUAUCGAGAAUUAUAUAUCGACUAGUGGUAAAGAUCCAGUUAAUGAUGAGGAUUUAACAAUAGAAGAGUUGGUAGGUAUCAAUAGCGUAACAUCGACGAUUGCACCACCAAAACCACCUAGUUUCAAUUCAAUACCUUCGUUAUUAUCGACCUUUCAGAAUGAAUGGGAUUCCUUAGCAUUGGAAGUAUUUGCAUUGAGAAAACAGUUACAUAAAGCCAGAGAGGAGUUGAGUGCAGCUUUAUACCACCACGACGCAGCAGUAAGAGUCGCAGCAAAGGCUAUCAAAGAAAGAGACGAAGCUAGACUGGCAUUACAACAGUUAGCAGUAUCUAUUGGAAAAGACGAACCAAUGGAUGAUGUGGUUAUAGAAUCAACUUCAAAUGGAGAUGCUAAAGCUUCAACUCAAUUACCAGUUGAAAUAAUUAAUCAAGCCCGUGACGAGUUGUUCCAAUUACAUAAAUCCCAGAAGCCUACUUUACCUAUUACUCCUGAGCAAAAUAUAACCGUAGAGUUCAUUGCAAAUCACGCACAGCCUUUCAAGAAGGCAGAAAAUUCAUUCGUGAAUGCAACCAAUAAAAUUCUUUUAGUGGGAUCGUCCACAGGGUCUGUUGCUGUUUACAAUUUUAAUAAUCCUGGAAAGAACAAUGUGACUAAAAUCACACAUAAGGGAUUAGUAACGGCUGUGAAUCAAGUCAUACAUAAAGACGAACAAGUGCCUAUACUUGCGUAUAAGGAAAAGGUGUUUGUUAGAGACAGCAAAACUUUAUUUGAACAUAAUCAUGAGGGUGAAAUCUUUCAAAUAGUGUCUCAUCCCACAUUAACUAACCUUUUCAUUUUAUUCUCGCGUGAUGGAACUUGGUCUUUGAAUGACCUUGACGAAAUGGCCGUUUUAUUCCGCUCCUCGAAAGUAAAUAAUAUAUGUUGUGGUGAUAUCCACGUAGAUGGUGCUCUAUUAGGUACAGGCACUGAAAAUGGAGAGGUAACAAUUUAUAAUUUGACAUCAGGACAAUCUGUAUUUAAUAUUAAAUCCAAAUAUCCAAAUAUUAAAAAACUUUCAUUUGCAUCGAAUGGAUAUUGGUUAUUAGUUUCAUCUGCCAAUGGUGAGAAUGCAAGUUGUUUGGACAUAAUUGAUUUGCGAAAGAAUGCCAUUAUUCAUUCGAUAGAAUUUUCGAACGAAUUGGUAGAUUUUGCAAUUGAUCCAUCUUCGUCGAUAAUCAUUACAUAUGAUUCGAGGAAUAUGCUAAGCUUACAUAGAUAUAUUAAGAAAGGUAAGAAAUGGCUCGAUAAUUUGAGUGAAAAAACUAUUGAAGAGUCGAACUCUGCGUUGUUAAGCUUGGAUAUUUUAAACACUGCUGAUGAUGAAGAAUUUAAGAACACUGGAGAGAUAAAAUUUGCAGGUGUUACUCAAAAUUCUUCUAUAUUAGAAUUUCAACUAGCCUAUGCAUGA